AUGAUUAAUAAAAUUAAAUAAUAAAAAUUACCAAGUCAUAUAUAAUUCGAUACUGUUUCACAAGCAACAAAAUUAUUAGAAAAACGAAGAAUAUUAUAUGAAGUUAAUGAAGCUUUUGAAUCAUAAAAAGCAUUAUAUUUAUAGAACGAAGAAAACUUUAGAAAACAAGAAAAUUGUAUUAGAUAAAGAGAUUCCAAUAUAUAAACAAAUUUAAUAAAUUUUUGUAAAUUUCUUUAAGAAAAUGAAGCUAGAAAAUUGAGGGCUUUAAAAAGAUAAAUAGAUGAGUAAAAUAUAAGAGAAUGUAAAUAAAAAGAAAUAAAUGAAUUAUAAAUAUAAUGUAUUGAGUUAUAAAAAUAUUAAGAUUAAUUAGAUGAAAAAUUGAAUUCUUUAAAAAAACAUGGUGAUUAUUUAAAUUAAGUAAUUUAAAUUUCUGAUAAAUAUCAAGAUAUACCUUAAAUUCUUAGCUUAUAUUAAAAAUUAACAACCAGUUAUUUAGAAUUAAACAAAAAAAAUUAAUAAACAGAAGAAGAAUAUGAGAAUUUAAAAUAAUAAUCGAUUCUUUAUGAAAAGAAUUAAAAUUAAGAUAUAUUAUAAUUAAAUAAUGAUAUAAAAGAUUUAACUAAAAAAUUAGAAGUUUUUUUUAUAAAAAAAUAAAUAUUUUUUUACUUUAUUUUAUUUUAUUUAUUAUUUUUUUUUAAAAAAAAGGAAAAAAUAAAUGAAAGAAAUUCCAUAUAAAAUAGUAUUGAAAUUUCUAAUAAAUAAUAUUGUCAAUUAAACUUAAAUUUUGGAAAAAUUUUAAUGUCUAUUGAUAAUUAAUAUGAAAAAUGUACUGAUAAAAAAAAGUCUAAAAACAAUGAAAAUUUUCUUGAUUUUAUUUAAGAAAAUUAAAAGGAAAAAAAAAUUAAAGAAAUAGGAAAAAAAAAAGAUUAGAAAGUAAAAAGAAAAACUAUUGUAUAAGAAGAAGAUUUUGAUGAAAAAA